GCGUGUCGCGCAUGCGCAGAUCGUCGCUGUUUCGCUCGCGCUCCGUCCGUUAUUGUUGUCAACAGCCAAUGGCCGAAAACAUCCCACAACAUGCCUCCGUCGCGCCGCUUCUGCGCGCGUUUCCCCCGAUCCAACGCGCGUCUCGCACAGGCAACAUGCUCUAGAGGUUAUUAACCUCAAAACUCGGUCUUUUACACGGUUUGACCAUGAGUGUCGGUCACUGCGCGUAACGGAAACACAGCUAUGACACUCUCGGUGAUCCAGGCGUGUCGUAGUCUGGCCCUGUCCACCUGGCUGCUGUCCUUCUGCUUCGUCCAUCCGCUGUGUUUGGACUUCACGGUGGCGGAGAAGGAGGAGUGGUACACGGCGUUCGUCAACAUCACGUACGUGGACCCGGACACGGCCGAGGUCCGCACCGAGAAGACGGAGUGCGGCCGUUACGGGGAGCACUCUCUCAAGCGCGAGACCAGAGGCGUGUUAGCGAUGCCCGUCGCGCCGCAGGACAAAAACGCGUGCGACCCCAACACCAGGUUCACGCCGCGCGGGCACGACGCGUGGAUCGCGCUCAUCAGCCGGGGAAACUGCACGUACAGAGAAAAAAUCCGAAACGCCGUGGGAAAAAACGCGUCAGCUGUGGUCAUAUUCAACGUGGGAUCCUCGAACCCCAAUGAGACCGUCACUAUGCCUGAUUCAGGCUCCGGUGACGUGGUGGCCAUCAUGAUCCCCGAACCCAAGGGUCGUGAGCUGGUUCUUCUGAUGGAGAGGAACAUCACUGUUCUCAUGCACAUCACCAUCGGGACACGCAACCUCCAGAAAUACGUCAGCCGCACCUCCGUGGUCUUCGUCUCCAUCUCCUUCAUCAUCCUCAUGAUCAUCUCGCUGGCCUGGCUCGUCUUCUACUACAUCCAGCGCUUCAGAUACGCCAACGCCAGAGACCGCAACCAGAGGAGGCUGGGAGACGCAGCCAAAAAAGCCAUCAGCCAGUUACAAGUGCGGAGCAUCAGGAAAGGAGACGAGGAGACGGAGAGUGAUUUCGACAACUGUGCUGUGUGUAUCGAGGGUUAUAAACCCAAUGAUGUAGUCCGAGUCUUACCCUGCAGGCAUCUGUUUCAUAAGAGCUGUGUGGACCCGUGGCUGGUGGACCAUCGCACCUGUCCCAUGUGUAAAAUGAACAUCCUCAAAGCCCUCGGCCUCACGUCCAGUGCCGAGUGUCUGAAUGAAUUUCCUCUGGACUAUGAGCACGCCGUGGGGGGCGUGGCUCUCAACGCCAUGGUGAUGAGUGAUGAUGUCAUCGGGGGGCGUGACCCCGGCGUGAGGAUGGUGGGUCUCCCUCAGGUCCUCCUGGACUCUGAGCCGCUGUCCCAGGACACCAUGCCAACCGAACAGAGUGAGUGUGUGUGAUUUCUGUGAGAGAGGAAGUCCUCCGCUCGUCUAGUGCAAGGCCUUGUGGGUGAGUUACAACCAAUAACCAGUGGCAGUUCAGAGAUGUCGCUCACCACAGGGGCGGGGCAUUCGGACAUUGACACGCCCACAGAUGACUCAAAGUGCUGAUCUGGCCCCGCCCACUCCUUCUCAUGGUGACCGGGUUGAAUGGGCUUUGAAUGGCCAGUGAUUGACCUGUCUGUGGAGUACAAACUGAAAUCCACGUCCGAUGUUACGGUCGUUUCAUCUCUUCUCUGAAAAGCAGGGUAAACUGUUCUCUCUCGACCGCAGUGCACACUACAGAUUCUGCUGUGCUCGACAAUCCUCUCAGUGUUCGCUGCCCGUUUCACCAUUUGUCUGUGAUCCUGGCGGAAAGAACGGGUAUAAGACUGUUUUGAAUCUGAUCAGAAGUGGUUUAUUUUUCUAUGGAGAAGCAUUUGAUGUGCUCGAGUUCUGCAGUAUUAAAGAAGAGAAUCUCAGUAUUUAGACGCCUUCCUCUGGGAGAUUUUUUGGGAACUAAACUGUGGGACUUUCUAGGAAGUGCUCUUUGGAUUCUGUGGAGCAGGACGUGUGAUAUUUGCUCUGCGUGACACUUGAGAUAUCAUUUAAAGAGAUAGUUCACCCAAAAAUGAAGGUUUACUGGCAGUGUCCUCACCCUCAGGCCGUCCAAGAUUUGAGAUGAAGAACAGAUUCUGGAGAAACUCCAUCAUUCGUUCGCAAGUGGAUCCUCUGCAGUGAAUGGGUGCCGUCAGAAUGAGAGUCCAAACAGUUGAUAAAAACAUCACAAUAAUCCACAGAGGAUAAUAAGGGAUGGACUUUAUUACUGGAGGAAGAGUCAUUAUGGAUGUUUUACCAAAGAUAAUCAUAGCUUAUUGAUUUUUUUUUUUUUUAAUGAUGUAGCUUUUGUCUUCUCCAGAUGUUAACUGAUGGACUGGAGUGAUGUGUGGAUUAUUGUGAUGUUUUUAUCAGCUGUUUGGACUCUCAUUCUGACGGCACCCAUUCACUGCAGGGCAUCCAUCUGUGAGCAAGUGAUACAAUGCUACAUUUCUCCAAAUCUGAUGAAGAAUGAAGAUCUUUGAUGACCUGAGGGUAAAUUUUCAGCAAACCUUUUUUUUUUUUUUUUCUCGGUGAACCGUUUUUUUUAAAGGGAGAGUCCACCCCAUCCGUGAUUGUUCCUUUAAUGUUUAUUCCCCCUCAGGUCAUUCUAAAUCUCUUUUUGUUUUCUCCAGAAAUCACAAUGAGAGUAGUUUGAAUGACUUGUGCACUGUGUUCAAAAAAAGACAGGAGGGUGAGUAAACAAUCGUUUACAGGUGCGCUGUUCCUUUAAACCUGUAACUCGUUCUUCCUUGUUUGACUGUAUAUUGUAAAUAGAGAAUAAUUUUGUCCAGUUUUCUCAAUUGCCAAGUUUUCCAUCAUGCACUUUAUGUAUUUAGAUAUUGGAUUUCGUUUUGAAAUUGGGAUUUCGGUCACAGUUUGUGUACUCUCUCUCUCUCACACACACACACACACACACACACACUUAGUUUGUACCAUUUCAUGCUCAGUAUUUUGCACGUGUUUCAGUCUGACUGUCCUUUGAAUAUGAAUAAAUUUUAAAUUAA